AUUUCGACGUUGCGCAGUGGAGACCAGCCGUCCGCCAUCAUUACUGCUCGCAGGCUAACGUUAGCCAAAACACCCACCGGGAAGAGGGCGAAGCGAGCGAGUGACAACAACAACAACACAGCCGCGGACUUUCUGACACGACCCGCUGUCCAGAGGGGAGGUCACCGGGUUCCCCUGCCGCUUCCCUGGCACAGGAAGCGAUCACCAGCAGCUGCCUUUCAUGUAGUCUUCAAAUCGCCACAAACGAAAAGUCGUCCGAAGUAACCAUGUCCAACCUCAUAGGAGGCACCAAGAAGGACACCAAGAUGAGGAUACGAGCCUUCCCUAUGACGAUGGAUGAGAAGUAUGUGAACAACAUCUGGGACCUCCUUAAGAAUGCCAUCCAGGAGAUCCAGAGAAAGAACAACAGUGGGCUAAGCUUCGAAGAGCUGUACCGGAAUGCCUACACCAUGGUGCUCCACAAGCAUGGAGAGAAGCUCUACACAGGCCUGAGGGAGGUCGUCACUGAGCACCUCAUCAACAAAGUCCGGGAAGAUGUCCUGAACUCUUUAAAUAAUAACUUUCUGCAAACACUGAAUCAGGCCUGGAAUGACCAUCAAACGGCCAUGGUUAUGAUCAGAGACAUCCUCAUGUACAUGGACCGAGUCUAUGUUCAACAGAACAAUGUGGAGAACGUGUACAACCUUGGCCUCAUCAUAUUCAGGGACCAGGUGGUUCGCUACGGCUGCAUUCGAGACCACCUGCGACAGACGUUACUGGACAUGAUCGCACGUGAGAGGAAGGGAGAGGUUGUCGACAGGGGUGCCAUCAGAAACGCCUGCCAGAUGCUAAUGAUUCUGGGCUUGGAUGGCAGGUCUGUAUAUGAGGAGGACUUUGAGGGCCCUUUCUUAGAUAUGUCAGCUGAAUUCUUCCAGAUGGAGAGCCAAAAGUUCCUUGCUGAAAACAGUGCCAGUGUCUACAUAAAGAAGGUAGAGGCCAGAAUCAAUGAAGAAAUUGAGCGAGUCAUGCACUGCUUGGACAAGUCUACAGAAGAGCCCAUUGUCAAGGUGGUGGAACGGGAGCUAAUUUCUAAACACAUGAAGACAAUUGUAGAGAUGGAAAACUCGGGUCUCGUCCAUAUGCUCAAGAAUGGAAAAACAGACGACCUGGCAUGCAUGUACAAGCUGUUUACUCGCGUGCCAAACGGCCUGAAAACAAUGUGUGAGUGUAUGAGCUCUUACUUGAGGGAGCAAGGCAAAGCUCUGGUGUCAGAAGAGGGAGAGGGCAAGAACCCUGUCGACUAUAUACAGGGCCUGCUAGACCUGAAGACCCGAUUUGACCGUUUCCUCCUCGAGUCCUUCAACAAUGACCGACUCUUCAAACAAACCAUAGCUGGCGACUUUGAGUAUUUCCUCAAUCUCAAUUCUCGAUCUCCAGAGUAUCUAUCGCUCUUCAUCGACGAUAAACUCAAGAAAGGAGUCAAAGGGUUAACAGAACAGGAGGUGGAGUCCAUCCUUGACAAGGCCAUGGUGCUGUUUAGGUUCAUGCAGGAGAAGGAUGUAUUUGAAAGGUACUAUAAGCAGCACCUGGGUCGCAGGCUGCUCAGCAACAAGAGUGUCUCAGACGACUCAGAGAAGAACAUGAUCUCUAAACUAAAGACAGAAUGUGGCUGUCAGUUCACCUCAAAACUUGAAGGAAUGUUCAGAGACAUGAGCAUCUCCAACACCACCAUGGAUGAGUUCAGGCAACACAUACAAACCACAUCGGCGUCCUUAAGUGGUGUGGAUCUAAUAGUUAGAGUCCUCACUACUGGCUACUGGCCCACACAGUCUGCAACCCCAAAAUGCACCAUCUCCCCUGCUCCUAGACACGCAUUUGAAGUCUUUAGAAGGUUUUACCUCGCUAAGCACAGUGGCAGGCAGCUUACACUGCAGCACCACAUGGGCGGGGCAGACCUAAACGCAACUUUUUACGGAGCUGUUAAAAAGCAGGAGGAUGGUUCCGAAGUGGGUGUGGGAGGUGCCCAGGUGACUGGCUCAAACACCCGCAAGCACAUACUGCAGGUUUCCACCUUCCAGAUGACUAUCCUCAUGCUCUUCAACAACAGGGAAAAGUGCACUUUCGAGGAGAUCCAGCAGGAGACUGAUAUCCCCGAGCGGGAGCUAGUGAGGGCGUUGCAGUCUCUGGCCUGUGGGAAACCCACACAGAGGGUUCUCACCAAGGAGCCAAAGUCCAAGGAGAUUGAAAAUGGACACGUGUUUACAGUCAAUGAUCAGUUUACUUCCAAACUGCACAGAGUCAAAAUACAGACAGUUGCUGCUAAACAAGGAGAAUCAGACCCCGAAAGGAAAGAGACACGGCAGAAAGUGGACGAUGACAGGAAGCAUGAGAUAGAGGCAGCCAUUGUCCGAAUCAUGAAGUCCAGGAAGAAGAUGCAGCACAAUGUCCUGGUGGCGGAGGUGACUCAACAGCUCCGAUCACGUUUUCUCCCCAGUCCUGUGGUUAUCAAGAAGCGUAUAGAAGGACUCAUAGAAAGAGAAUACUUGGCGAGGACGCCAGAGGAUCGUAAAGUGUACACCUAUGUUGCAUAGAAGAGAAACUGUGGAUUUGAGGAGAAAGAGACUGGAAGGGAUUUGUUUUUUCUUUGGACUGUUGUUACGCAUGGACUGGAAGUUUUUUUUUUUCAAGUUAAGUCUGGGAACCCGAUUCUUCGUUCCGUUCAAAAACCCAGUAAACAAACACAAAAUCUUGGCACAGGAAAAAUCCGUCAGCUCACCCUAGAUGAUUUUCAAAUCGGGCCCAGUCUUCUCAAUCCCUGUGAGUUUUAUCAAGGAUGGAUCCAGCUUCAAGCUUUUCACUGUUUUACCCUUGUAGAGAUAAAACUUGCAAAGAAUCCCUUGGGAAAAUGUGAAUGCACCACAUUAUUUUUUUGUUUCAAUACUGUAUAAAUAAAUCAAAUAUGAAAAACAGCAAAUUUGGAUUGUUAAAAUAAAAAUAAUGAGUAUUGAU